AUGGAAGAGAAGCCAGACAGUGAACCUCAAGACUUGGAGGAAAGCCAACCGAAGUCUAUACCACCGAGCAGCACAAGACUUGCACUGCUACAGGUCCUUGGCUCCUUUUUCCUGAUGUUCAACUCAUGGGGAGUGGCGAACACUUUUGGCGCUUAUCAAAUAUACUACGAGGCCAACCUUCUGAAAGACGAGAGUCCAUCAAACAUUUCCUGGAUCGGCUCCAUUCAGGCAUUCAUGCUGCUCAUAGUUGGUGGCAUUGUUACAGGGCCAAUCUUCGAUGCUGGUUAUCUUCGAGCUCUCGUCUUUACUGGCUCUUUCCUCGUAGUCUUCGGUAUGAUGAUGACCAGUAUUUGUCAUGAAUACUGGCAGAUCAUUCUGGCCCAGGGGAUAGUUGUGGGUGCUGGUGCUGGCUGUAUGAUGUUGCCCAGCAUUGCCGUGAUGCCACAGUACUUUAAGACUCGAAGAGCAUUUGCUACAGGUGUUGCAGCAUCUGGCAGUAGUUUGGGUGGUAUCAUUUACCCUAUUGUCUUCCACAAGCUUCAACCUCAGAUUGGUUUCGGCUGGGCUACUAGGAUCAUCGGUUUCAUCGCUUUAGCGACACUUAUGGUACCGAUUAUCUUCAUGAGAGCCAAGGUUUUUCCAGCCCAGAAACGUCCUUUGGUCGACUUCAAGGUUCUUCGAGAUGUGCCAUGGGUUCUGUUCUCGAUUGGCGCGUUCUUCGGGUUUAUAGGGAUGUACAUCCCCUUCUAUUAUAUAUCAACAUACAGCGUCGAAAAGGGUUUUGUCGAUGAGAACCUCGCAUUCUACCUUCUCACAAUGCUCAACGCAGGAUCGAUCUUCGGACGAAUCGUCCCCAGUUUCUUUGCAGAUAGGCUCGGACCGUUGAAUAUUACAGCCCCUUGGUGCCUAUUCUGCGGCAUCAUCGCGUUCUCCUGGCUUUCGGUAUCGAGUCUAGGACAGGCCGUUGCCUUCUCCCUCUUCUACGGCUUCUUCUCGGGAACUUUCGUCUCGAUUUGUGGACCUGCAUUGGUAACCCUUUCGCCUGAUCUGAGCUUGGUAGGAACGCAUAUGGGAAUGAGCUUUACCUUCUGUGCUUUGGGCUUGCUCAUCGGUAAUCCGGUUGCUGGAUCACUUCUUACUACGUACGGAUGGAUUGGCCCAGCGAUGUUCUGUGGGACUGCAAAUGUGCUCGCAGCCAUCUUCGUAUGGUUAUCGAGAGUCAAGAAGUCGGGGUGGAAUGUGACAGUCAAGGCAUAG